ACGCGCACUUUGCAGAGCUUGUUGUUUAACUGUUUCGUGAUCCGGUUGAUAUUUCAAUACGGGAUUUUAAUCAGUGAAAAGUGGAAACCUCUGUGCUGAUCAGAUAGUCUUUGAAUGAGGUUCAAUUUUACAGGAUGUCGGCGUUUAUCACAGAUUUUAAUAAUCAUAUUCAAUCUUAUUUCAUAAGUAGUUCCUACGGAAAUGAGACGCUCGUUACAAGCAGUUUGAAUCAUCUAGCUCUUGUCACCGACACUCGAGCAUUCGAAGUGUCGCUGUACGCAAACAAUGUGUUCUUCAUCAAUCUGCACAAAUUGAUGAGCGUUGGGACGAAGAAACAGGCCCUGCUGUGGUCAGCGGUGGCCGUUCUGGAAGCGGCUUCCAAAUGCGAGGGCGUACGCGAAGCGUUGAUGAAAAAGUUUCACUACCUCCCCACGUUGGCCACCAUGCUGCAGGAGGUGCACAACAGCGAACAGCAGCAGCGAUUGCUGGCCCUGAUCGAGCUUCUAACACACGGGGCACAGCUCGAGAGCCAUGAACCUUACGUUGAAUCGUUGAUAGUUAAGCUGCUCGGUAUAAUGGAACAGGAUCACGGUAAGAAGGAGAGAAGUGAAGUGAUUUCGCUGGCGCUGUCGAUAUUGGUGAAUCUGUGCUAUCGGAAUCUGCAGAUGACCUAUCUGCUCACGAAGAACAUCAGUAUUUCCACCUUUUGCGGACAAAUCAAGCAGUUCGGUUUGCUGGCCUGCAAGAUGUAUAUUGUACUGGAGAGAAAUGACUACAUGAAGGAGAUGGACUUGCAGUAUCUGCUGAAGAUGAGCUUCAAGGAGGUGCGGAAUGUGCUGACAUCAAGAAAUAGUUUCAUUCUCCGACACGUGGUAGAUUAUCUGCAACAUAUUCGUCAGCUCAAUCAAGAAGAACGUUCCAAAGAUAAUCGACGAAAUGGCGCAAAUAUUGAAGGCAAUUUCUUCCGUGACAAUCUGAAGGAAUUUCUGGAAGACAUUGAAAAGUAUUCCAAUGAACAAUUGAGCGAAAGCAAUUCUAAUUCUGGAGGACGUAAACGAAAGCGUAAAGGCUCGGAUGAGAAGUCCUUGUCCAAUUCGACCUGUGGUGAAAAGGACGAUUGUAUGGAUACUCUAUUCGAGAUAAUGGAAUGCAUUUUGGUAUUGGAGCCUGUUGGAGACGAAUUCCGGAAGCGGAUAGGAGACGUAGCCUUGAGAUGGAUUCAAGCGAGGCAAAACUGUUCCGGAGCAAUCAGUUUACUGAGAGUUAUCAUGGAAAGAUGUUCAGACGAUCCGGAAGGCGCAGAUAAGGUGGAGGAGAUGGUGGAGGUUUACCGACAAAUAUUAGAGGAUCUAACGUCUGUCCUGGAGAAUAACGUAGACGGAAGACUGACAAUUGCGUUCGCUAAACUGUUGGCCACAAUGGUGAGGUCCCAAAAAUCCUCACAUUCCACCCUGGACAAUGUGGCGGAGCAAUUCUUUCAGUUAACGUUCGGACAAAUACUGAAUUCCUCAGAUUCUAGCAAAUCGUUCAAUUAUUCGCUGCCGGACAAUGAGUUCGAGAUCUACUUAUGGGCUCUGUACACCUUCAAUGAAUUUGCAAAUAUUUCACCAACGCUUUGGUUUGCCAAGGUGAAUAAUUUAUUGAAGCACAAACCGAUUCAGUAUAUGAUCGCCCGGGGUCUAACAAGCGGCGAAUUGGGCCUCACGGAAGCCAUGCUGCAUGUGACAGCAUCGGCGGAUUUUCCCCGCAAGGAAGUAUCCCAAAUGGUUGGCAUUCUCAGCUCGGACAAGCCUUGCGUUCCGUGUGAGCCUCAAACCGAGCGAAGUCCUACGUUGUUGUCGCAUCCCGCAGCAGGGGCGCCCGGUUUGAGCCGGGAUCUGCUGGAACGCAUGAACCAGACUAUUUCGCACAUUCAGGAUGCUGUUUCCGCUGGGCAUAUUAAUGACGUGACCAAGGUUGAGUUGAUCGAAUUCUACAGCUGCAAGAUAAACAUGGAAACGCAACUGAUGAACGACUUGAGAGGCAGUCUGAGCGGUAUGUCAUCGCAGAUCAAUACUUUGAUGCAUCAGAAUCAGCUUCUAUCGGCGGAAGUCGAGAAAGUGCAGCGGCAAAAUUUGCCGCUUGGAUUGAAAGUCUCUGCGCUUGAAACAGAAAAUCGAUUACUUGAAAAGGAGUUGAAUCAAAUGAAGAACGCAACCGCUUCGUACGAUAAGAAAAUAAGCCAAGUGAAGCAGGAAUUAUCCGAGCAUAUAAAGAAGUACAGCGAGAAGAGCCAACAGUGCGCGGCGUUGAUUAAAGAUGUCGAAAUGUAUCGUGUGCGGGACAGUAAUUACGAAAAGGAAACCAAACGUUUGCAACAGGAACUCGCUGAUAUGCUCAAAUCACGGGACAAAUCACGCAAACUUCUCAAGAUGGCCGAAGAAGACCGCCAGAAGCUAUCCGAGCAGAAGGAAAACGACAAGAAGAUGUACGAGACUAAAAUCCGCGAACGCGAGCGGGAAAUUUCGAAACGAAACGAUCUCAUCCAGCAGCUGGAACAGCAACUGUCCCAACGGGACAGUAAGCUUGCAUCGCAGGAAAGUGAGCUGCAGGAACUGUUGACGCAAAUUUCCACUAAGGACGAACGGAUUGCCGCAAUCGAGGCCGAGCUGAAGGAGAGCGAGAGUAUACAGAAAGCCAUUUACAGUCUGAUGAACAAAGGGAAGAAAUGACGAGGUCUCAUAGAAAAUACGAUGUUAGUUUUAGAUUUUGUACAAAUUUAUAAGGUAGAUAAUAAUGUAAAUAUUCAUGCAUCGUGAAACACUUCCCAAAGUUCGAGUUGGAUUCUAAUUUAUACAGUUAUUGAACCCAGUCGUAUGGUUUGCGUCUUCGCUAGCAUUGGCACUUUUUAUACUGUUUGGGAGGCGCAUUUACAUCACGUUUAUGGAGCUGAUUUGCACCUCAAAUGAAAAUACAUUCGCUAUAUAAGCAAAACAAA